AAAAUUGUAUUUGUUUCAUGUUUGUCGAUCGUAGUCAAUCGUCAUCAUCUUUUUACAAUUUACAUCUUUUUAGCCGUUUGUGAUCGUCAUGGCUCCCCGUCCCCGUGAAUCCCGUGAUAAAGAAGAGAGAGUACAACCUGUACAACGUAAUACUAAUGGAACUAAAACGUUGAAAAGUGUUAAAAAGACAGUCACAUCGACAGUAAAUACCGAAGUAGUUAAAUCUAUUAAAGAAACUAUACCUAAAACUCCAAACAAAAAUAAAGAGAAAGUUGCAGAACCGUCCAGUAUUAGCAAGCAUAGCAGUACCAAAAAAGCAUCCUGGAAACGCAGGCCCAAGGCAGCACACUCUGGUGUUCCUGUGCCUGACAAGGUUAAAAAGCUGCUGAUGAACAGCUAACGAACAACAACUUUUUCAGAUUAAACGUAUAGACCAAACAAUAACACACACAACACACCACAAAGACACUUGAGAUUGUUGAACUUACAAAAAAAAAAACUUUAAUUUUGAAUUAAUUUUUUUAUUAGAAAUUUGGCUUAAUUUACAUUACAAGCACUUUUGAAUCGUCAUGUCAUGUUUUAGCUUUAGAUUAGUCAGCGACAGCCAGACCUUCGUUUGUCAGCUCAUGCUCCUAUCAUAGGUAAGUAACGUAGCCAACUGUGGAAUUUGAACCGUGGUGGCCUUGGGAGAUAGCUGGUUUCAAGAAUCCAGACCAUCAGCUGUCUUAGUAUAAGGUGUAAUUUUUUUAUCUGCAUAAUAUGAGAAAUGAUAAUUCCAUCUCUUUGCUAGUGACCCUUGAAGUUUCAAAUUAUAUAGAAUUUUUCAAAGGGUUGCUGCAAAGCUAAGUGGCUGGCGACUGGGUAUAUAAUUUCUCAUAUUAUGCUGAGGAAAACAUAAAAAAAUUACACAUUAAACCUACCCAAAGCCACCACUUAUGGUAGGAGCAUGAGCUGACAAACUUUCAGCUUUUAUAAAAUGACAAAGGUCUAGGGUUUAUGGGCUCUUAGACUAUUAAUGGUGUAGGUGGAUGACCAAUUCUUUUACUCUUAUAAUAAUAUUCUAAUAUGAUGAAUUACUAGUGGCCCUGGUCAAGCUUUGACUUGUGUGCACGUCUUCCCUAUCCCUACUCUACACUACCCUACCCCUAACCCAUAAACCUAACACAUAAACGUUUGUAUGGACUCGUAACUCCUGUAUGUGGACUCGUCUACACUUUGAUGUGAAGGGCAAGGUAUCCCGAGCACCCUGUAUUUAAAAGAAGAAGAUUAUUAUAGGCUUAUAAAUGAAUUAUGUAUUUGCAUUUGUUUGUGUUUUUAAUUUCUUGGUCUAUAGGGAGUCUCUUAAUUUUAUUAUUGUUAAAUAACAAUUCUUCUUGGAUAUUUCUACCUGCCUUUUCUGAUAAAUAAUUUAAUUCUAUAAUUUUUUAAAACUGAUCGUGUUAAAUAGGCUAGUUGACACUCUUUUUAAAGGGUCUUAAAUUGUUCAUUAGCUUUCUGCUAGUAUGAAAAAAAAAUAUUAAAUUUUUUUGAGAAGUGAAUGCAUUGAAUAUUAAUUUUUAAAUAUUAUUUUUUCGACAUGAAUACAUAGAAUAUAUGUAAUUUUGAAAUAUUUUUUUGACAAUACGAGCCAAAACGCUGUUAGCUAUUUUGGACUAUAUUUUAACUUUCAUGACGUCUUGUUCAUGCUACCUUACCAAACGGAGUGUUUGAGAAAAUUAUUUGUUAUUAAUUAGUUGACAUUUAUUCCUUUAAUUAACAUUGUGACGUCAUAAAAUAGAGGACAGCGUUUUCGACGUUCGGAAAAAUUGAUUAUGUACAUAAUAUCUAAAUAAAGUUUUUUUAAUAAC